AUGAAAGAUAGCAAGAGCACGUCGUCGUCGUCAAAGCGAUCGUUUCCAUCCAAUCAGAAGCGUUUCUCACCCCAAAAUAGCCAGGAUGAUUCAUUGGAUAUUGAUCCUGCGGAAAUUGAAAGGCAAUUUCAAGAACGUUUGGCAAAAGAAGCAAACAGUAAGAAUGGAACGGACAGCGUCGAUGGAGGAAUGGUACGAGUCAUUCGGGUACCUGUUCAACAAGAAAACUGGGAAAAGCCGGUUGACGAUAAACCGCGCGCCCGCGUAGACUGGCAACGAUCAGAAGAGGAGAAAAACCGCAGGGAACAACAAUGGCGUCGUGAAGCAGAUGAGCAACUUGUUCGUGAUUUUCAGCAAAACGAAUCUUUUAGACAAAGUGUGAGCACUGUUGCCGAGCCUGUACAUGUGAAUCAAGCAGACUGGGAGAAAGAGGAAGAACUUCGGAGACAACGAGAAGAAGACGACCGUCUCCGAGAAGCAAGAGCCAAUCAGCUGCGAAAUCGUAUUAUUGAAGGUCCUGACGAUGAUGGUCUUGAUUCGUCGUACACCAACGGACGAACCCGUCGUGUGAAGUUCGCCAGUGUUCGCACCGAAAUCGUCCAACCAUCGCCUGACGCUGAGCUCGCAACAUCUGGAGUGAAAUUUGUUCACGAUGGAAAGGUUGAAGAUAGUGAUGAUGACGGUAGUGAAGAAUUUCCUUUGCCUCCACCUCCCGCGGAUAAAGACAACAAUUUCUCGCCCCUACCUCAAAAUCAGGUUGACUACUACCAGAGACCCCCACCUCCACCCAAGCCUCAAUUUUGGUCAACAAUGGCAGUGGCCCUCCAGCGGAAUAUAAAGGCGCUCCUAACUCGACAGUCUACAGAGACAAUGGUCAUGUAG